UGCAUUACCACGCAAGGCUUUCACACAAGCCCCCAAACUUCGACAUCAUGCCUGCCUCACAACUCAAGAGGCUGAAGGCCUCUCUACGAGACCAGGGAAUUAUUGGGCCUCAGCAAUCGAAGAAACAGAAAAAGGCGACCGCCAAAGAUGGACGAGCACGCAACGAGAAGCGCCUCCAGCGUGGCGCCGCCCUUGAGAACAUCCGCGAACAGUUCAAUCCGUUUCAGUUCAAGACAAACGCCCGAGGCCCGAAGUUCGCUGUGACUACCGAUAAGCCUGACUCGAAGAAAGGCAUACUGGGGCGUCCUGGGAUGGCAAAGGCGCUGGGCGAGCAAAGAUUGAAGGAGACGCUCCUGGUCGACAUGCAGAGGAAAAACCGAGUCGGCGGGAUCUUCGACAGACGGUUUGGUGAGGGCGACCCGACCCUAACGCCCGAGGCGGCAGCUGCACAGCGAUUCGCGUUGGAGAAGCAGAAAGCGCACAAAAAGACCUCAAUGUUCGACCUGGAAGAUGACGACGAGCCGGUUCUGACGCACGGAGGGAAGGCUUUCGAGUUCGACGAGGAGGGGGAACUCAAGGACGACUUCAAUGAAGAAUUCUCCGACGACGGCUCAGACAUGUCAGACCUGGAAGAGCACAACCGGAAGAGGCUGAAGCGGUUGCGAGAUCAAGUGGAAGCCAACGAAGAAGGUGACGAGAAGGAGCCGGAGAGGAAGAAGUCCAAGAAGGAGGUCAUGGAGGAAGUUAUCGCCAAGUCAAAAUUCCACAAGUACGAACGCCAAGCUGCGAAGGAGGAUGAUGAGGACCUCAGAAUGGAGCUGGACAAGGAGACAGCCGACAUUCGGUCACUCCUCAUGGGUCAACGUAUGAAGAAGAAUCCCGAGACGCCAUUGGACGGCACAAAGGACGACGUUAAGCCACCGGCUGUCGCGGGAUUGGACAGAGAGGCCUUUGAAAAGGACUACGAUCUCGCAGUGAGAAAAAUGACGCAGGAUAAGCGAGCAAAGCCAACGAUGAGGACGAAGACAGACGAAGAAAUCGCAGAGAAGGAGGCCGAGCGGCUACGCGAACUGGAAGAAAAGAGACUGAAGCGGAUGAGAGGUGAGGAAGUAAGCGACUCGGAAGAGGAAGAAGAAAGCGAGCCAGAGGCCGAGGCCAUCAACAGCGACAACAAGCCUGCAUUCGAAAUCAUCAGGACUGACGGCGAGGAUGUUGAUUUCGGUCUUGGCAAGGGCAUCAAAGCACGCCCGACUGCGACAGAACUCGGCUUCGACGAUGAAGACGACUUUGUGAUCGAAGACGACUUAGUGGCGAGUGGCUCGGACCUGGGUGAAAUUGACGACGCCGAUUUCACCUCGAGCGAAGACGAGGGUGCAGCAGCCGAAGACGAUGAGGAUGAUGAAUUCACGAGAGGGCUUCUUACGGAGAGCGAGGCGAAAGAUUCCAUCUUUAACAAGGAAACCAAAUUUGGCGACACGGACACAACCGACGGCUUACCGUACACUUUCCCAUGCCCGCAAAGCCAUUCCGAGUUCCUGGACGUCGUUCGGGAAAUCCCGUUGUCUAAACAACCAACUGUCAUUCAACGUAUCCGAGCACUGUAUCAUCCCAAGCUCCGGAGUGAGUAUAAGGAGAAAUUGGGCAAUUUCGCCAGGGCCCUGGUGCAGCACAUCGCGUACCUGGGCACAGCCUCUGACGACAGCCUAUACGCCACGCUAGAGAACGUGAUUCGGCAUGUCCAUUCUCUAGCCAAGAUGUUCCCGGUCGAGAUUGCACAAGAAUUCCGGUCGCAUCUUGAGGAUAUGGGAGAGCAACGACCCUUGGCACUUGAAGUCGGGGACUUGUAUGUCUUGACAGCCAUUGGUACUAUGUUCCCCACGUCGGAUCAUUUCCACCAAGUCGCCACGCCGGCAAUGCUGUCAAUGGCGCGAUUUCUGGGCCAGAAGGUCCCUAGCAGCCUGGCAGACUAUGCCACGGGGACUUACCUCUGCAUUCAGUCUUUACAGUAUCAGAAGCUUGCCAAGCGCUAUGUGCCAGAGGUCAUGAACUUUACACUGAACACCAUUUGUGCCCUGGCACCCGAAAAGCCCAGACGGAGGCUUGGCUUGUUUCCAGUACACGAACCACGUCCCGUGAUAAGAACUGGUGGCGCAAAGAAGACUGCAGUCCGCAAACUCAGCUGCGAUGACUGCCGGGCAUCCAAAGGCGAGCUUUCGGGCGAGAGGAAGGUCGCACUGCUGAGCACCAACAUAUCGGUGAUACUGGCGGCCUCUGAGACGUGGGCUGGGAAGCCCUCGUAUUUCGAAACCUUUGAGCCAGCACUCAGAACUUUGGAGCAUCUAACGUCCAAGCCCAAUCGACAGCAUCUUCCGGACGCGCUCCUACAGGAUGCGGAGAAGGCGAUUGCACACCUCUCCCGCGCCCUGAAGGUGGCGGCUCUGUCGCGGAGACCACUCGAGCUGCAUCACCACAAGCCGCUCGCCAUCAAGACGUUUGUCCCCAAGUUCGAGGACGGCUUCGACCCCGAGAAGCACUACGACCCGGACCGAGAGCGGGCGGAGAGUGCCAAGUUGCGGGCGGAGUACAAGAAGGAGAAGAAGGGCGAGAUGCGGGCGAUUCGCAAGGAGGCCAACUUCCUAGCACGCGAGAAGCUCAGGGCAAAGAAGGAGAGAGACGAGGCGUACGAGAAAAAGUACAAGAGGAUCGUGGCGGAAAUCCAGGGCGAGGAAGGUCAUGCGGCAAACGAGUACGAGAGGGAGAAGCAGAAACGGAAGCAGUCAAAAAACAGGUAGUAUCCUACCAGGGCGGGCCGGCAGACUUGAGUUUGCUGGGUUUGUGCUCCAUGGUGUGCAACAUAGCACAGAUUGUACAUUCUAUCCACACAUCUUACACUCCAGCUUCACAGGUCAUUGAUGUGCCUUCGGAGGAACUACUCUCCACACUGUCCACAUUCUCGCCUCUGCACAACAUUGGGAAUAUCAAGUGAUGCGCCCCAAAUGGGGGUCCGAUGAAGGAAGACCUGGUUACUCUGCAGGGCAUCCUGCUGCAGACAUCUCAUCUUAUAACAGCAUGACCUUGGGAUCUUGGCCGUGUAGAGACAGAUCAGACCACCCAAACGGCAUGGGCCCUCAUAUGACAUCUCAGCCGCCACUGCCAAUGCUGUAUGUGUAACAUUCUGCCUGGUUCUAUCUACAAUCCGGGCAAGACAGCCUGCAGGCUUAAAUGGUC